AUGUAUGGUAGAUAUGGUAGUUCCUAUGGUAGAUAUGGUAGUUCCUAUGGUAGAUAUGGUAGUUCCUAUGGUAGAUAUGGUAGUUCCUAUGGUAGAUAUGGUAGUUCCUAUGGUAGAUAUGGUAGUUCCUAUGGUAGAUAUGGUAGUCCCUAUGGUAGAUAUGGUAGUCCCUAUGGUAGAUAUGGUAGUCCCUAUGGUAGAUAUGGUAGUCCCUAUGGUAGAUAUGGUAGUCCCUAUGGUAGAUAUGGUAGUCCCUAUGGUAGAUAUGGUAGUUCCUAUGGUAGAUAUGGUAGUUCCUAUGGUAGAUAUGGUAGUUCCUAUGGUAGAUAUGGUAGUCCCUAUGGUAGAUAUGGUAGUUCCUAUGGUAGAUAUGGUAGUUCCUAUGGUAGAUAUGGUAGUUCCUAUGGUAGAUAUGGUAGUUCCUAUGGUAGAUAUGGUAGUUCCUAUGGUAGAUAUGGUAGUUCCUAUGGUAGAUAUGGUAGUUCCUAUGGUAGAUAUGGUAGUCCCUAUGGUAGAUAUGGUAGUUCCUAUGGUAGAUAUGGUAGUUCCUAUGGUAGAUAUGGUAGUUCCUAUGGUAGAUAUGGUAGUCCCUAUGGUAGAUAUGGUAGUCCCUAUGGUAGAUAUGGUAGUUCCUAUGGUAGAUAUGGUAGUUCCUAUGGUAGAUAUGGUAGUUCCUAUGGUAGAUAUGGUAGUCCCUAUGGUAGAUAUGGUAGUCCCUAUGGUAGAUAUGGUAGUCCCUAUGGUAGAUAUGGUAGUCCCUAUGGUAGAUAUGGUAGUCCCUAUGGUAGAUAUGGUAGUCCCUAUGGUAGAUAUGGUAGUUCCUAUGGUAGAUAUGGUAGUUCCUAUGGUAGAUAUGGUAGUCCCUAUGGUAGAUAUGGUAGUCCCUAUGGUAGAUAUGGUAGUUCCUAUGGUAGAUAUGGUAGUCCCUAUGGUAGAUAUGGUAGUCCCUAUGGUAGAUAUGGUAGUUCCUAUGGUAGAUAUGGUAGUCCCUAUGGUAGAUAUGGUAGUUCCUAUGGUAGAUAUGGUAGUCCCUAUGGUAGAUAUGGUAGUUCCUAUGGUAGAUAUGGUAGUCCCUAUGGUAGAUAUGGUAGUUCCUAUGGUAGAUAUGGUAGUCCCUAUGGUAGAUAUGGUAGUUCCUAUGGUAGAUAUGGUAGUUCCUAUGGUAGAUAUGGUAGUUCCUAUGGUAGAUAUGGUAGUUCCUAUGGUAGAUAUGGUAGUUCCUAUGGUAGAUAUGGUAGUCCCUAUGGUAGAUAUGGUAGUUCCUAUGGUAGAUAUGGUAGUUCCUAUGGUAGAUAUGGUAGUUCCUAUGGUAGAUAUGGUAGUCCCUAUGGUAGAUAUGGUAGUCCCUAUGGUAGAUAUGGUAGUUCCUAUGGUAGAUAUGGUAGUCCCUAUGGUAGAUAUGGUAGUUCCUAUGGUAGAUAUGGUAGUUCCUAUGGUAGAUAUGGUAGUUCCUAUGGUAGAGUAGGAUAUAGAAGUGGAUAUGGUGGAGUAGGAUAUGCUGUUGAAGGAUAUAGUGGAAAAGGAUAUUGA